AUGUGGUCUGUUUGGGAAUUAUCUGCUCCGAGGAAAGACUACACUUCCAGUACCCGCGUUUUAAAGCUUUUUCCAUUUUCUGUCGUUCAUUUUUCGUUCUCUCCUCGACAAAUUCAGCCAUGGGGAAUAAAGUAAGUUCAUUUUAAUAUUUGUAUUACGAUUAAAGCUGUCACUCAUAAUUUUUGCCACAUUUCGAAUGCCUUCCUUGUACUUUUAUCGUACUCUUAUCGACAUCGUUCAUAUCUCUCGUCAUUCCUGAUCUCACAAUCAGCUGAUAUCCCCAUAAAUCCAAAUGUUCUCUAACCCCGAUCGCUUGUUUUCGUUGCCUCCAAACCGGCCAUUCCUCUCAAAACUCUUGACUUUUCAAAUUGCGAAAUGAGCAAAAAAAGCAAGAGAAAUGAGCCCAGAGGACUUGCUCGAGGGAAGAACGGUGUUCGUGAGUACCACUCGGAAUGACCACAAACAAGUAAUAAGAGCGCUUUUAUUGUUUGUCCAGAGCCGGUUCUCGCCGUUUAUGUGGAUCAUCUUUCGAUUUGUUUUCUUAUCACUUCCGUCACAUUCUGUUUUUUCGUCUCGAGUUCGAAAGUCGUGUUCUUUUUAGUUGACAGUGUCAAUCGUAGAUUGAAGCGUUUUACAUUUAAAGGUAAAAUCAGUGAGGUGUGCAAGGUCUUGAGGACAGUCAGCUCGUUCUAUAAAUUAAUCAGGGACCUAAGUUCACCUUUCGAAAGUCUGUUUGGAGUGACCUGACCUCGUGGCCGUUACUUCUCGAGAGCUCGGAACGGCACGACGUUAAAACGAAAAAGACAUGACGAGGCCGCUAAUCAGCUGACUGGCGACAGAACUCCGAUCCCUAUUCUGAGGUGUUUAUUUAGAGGGUCGGAUAAACGUCCAGAUGGUCGUGUCUUCUUAUUCCGCAGCGCGCAAAUUCCCCCGUUCGUCUUUGAUUCAGUUUAAUCCGUCUCCUUCGAUGAGCGGCUAUUACUUUAACCGUUCCAGAAUCAUGGAGCUCAUGAGUUUAAAGGAGUCCCAGGAGCCCCACUCUUCCAGUGAUAGCAUGGAGAGCAUCAAUGAAGAGCCUCCGGUCACUCCUCGGUUCAUCCCCAUGUUGAAACGAUUGAAUGAGUUUAGAACCAUGGCAAUUGGAUGUGAUGUAACUUUUUUGGUCGGGGAGAAGCGAAGAGUAAGGGCUGAAUCAUAAAAAAAUUGACACCUUUUUAGCCGAUCUUUUGCCACAAGCUCAUCCUGGCAUGCAGUUCCGAGGUGUUCAAAGCCAUGUUCUACGGGUUGUUAAGUGAAUUUCCGCACACUUUUCCGUCAGCAGAUCUAGAUCAGAAUAGCGUUGAAGAGAAUUCUGAUUCGACUUCUUUAUCGUCAUCACUUUGCAGUUCCGAGGAUUCUUUCGGGCAGAGUCCUGAAGAUGACGGAGAUAUUCAGUCCAAGAUCAAUCACAUCCCUGUCCUUCCGCCCACACAAACUCGUUAUGUGGCCACUGAUAUGACUAUGUUUGCUGACAGACGUUAUGUAUCGCCGGUGGAGACGGUCGAAGUGCCUGAUAUUAAUCCAUCGGCCUUCAGAAAGAUGAUUGAUUUUAUUUAUAAUGACUUUGAUCCAAAAAGUGUUCAUCUCACAGACCACAAUGUCAUGGAAGUCCUUUAUGCUGGUGAGUGAAAAUACGAUUGCAUUACUGUCUUUUUUAGCCAAAAAGUACGCAAUUGAUGCCCUUGUGGACGAAUGUGUCAGAUACCUUCUGAAUGAUCUGACCCCGUUUAACGCUGUAUUCCUUCUCUCUCAAGCUCGUGUUUUCAAUGAAGAGACCCUAAUUGAACGAUGUUUCGAUGUGAUUGAUAGGAAUACAGAUGUUGCUCUCCAACCUCAUCGUAAGAGUUCGAAAACCAACUUACCUCUUUCAGAUAUUGAGGAUGUAGACAAGGACACAUUGAUGACUGUACUGAGUAGGACUCAGUUGGAUCCCUCAUCUGAAUUGGUCAUCUUCCAAGCUGCCCGAGCAUGGGCUGAGGCUGAAUGUAAUCGUCAGAAAUUGGAGACCUCUCCAAUUAACAUCAGACUUGUCUUGGGGAAUGCCUUGGGGCUUAUCCGAUAUCCUCGGAUGGAUGUCCAUGAGUUUGGCCAAGUGGCCAUUACCGGUAUUCUGACUUGUGAAGAGCUGGCUGAGGUUUAUAUGCAUCUGACAGUGAAGCCCCAACCUUUCUGUCGCUAUUCUUCUGGCUUCCGAUGUUCUUCUCGCUCCAAACAUACGGUCUCUCGAUUUGCUGCAGUCUCUUCUAAAAGAUGUUCCAAGAGAGAAAACAAAGUUGCGUAAGUAAGGAAAUCAUUUUUAGUUUAUUUUGAUUUGUCUGCUUCAGUUUUACUGUGGACAGAGAAAUCCAAAUCCAUGGGCUUGGAAUCUAUGGAAUGAAUCCAAUCAAACCUCAUUCGGAAGAAGAAAAUACUUGGAGAUGUCAGGUUGAGAUCCAGGUAGGAUUAUGAGUGACAUUCCUCAUAAAGCAAUGUUAUUUUAGUUGGGAGUAGUCACCGAUCCCAGCAGUUAUGCUUCAACUUUGGGAGUGCUCUCUUCCAAUACUGUUUUCAUGCAAGGUUUUAUUGGAGAUGAACAGCCACUGGUGGCCUCUUUCAAAGAACCGAUCUCUUGUUCUUCUGGUCAGAAUUAUGUGGCUACUGUUAGAUUCAUUGUAAGUUUUUACGAUUAAGCUAUAGUACGAUUACAGAGUGAAACUGCGAUUCAAACGAUUUCUGGGAAGGACGGAAAAGAUUCUGUUACAGUAUCCCUGCCGAACGAUGAAAGCGUUACUUUCAAAUUUAAUUCCUACCGUAACUCCUACGGUGACGAUGGCUACAAAUCCGAGGGUCAGAUUCCUACAUUGCAUUUCUAUGUAGCCUGGCCGGAGAAAGAAGUUACUGCCGUCUAA